AUGGCUUUCUCCCCAGCCUCAGGGCCCCGGGGUCACCUCGGGGCCUCUGUAUGGGGUGGGAAUGUUCAGUACUCUGCUAGUAACAUUGCUGCAGCAGCUCAGCAGCAGCAGCAGCAGCAGCAGCAGCACAUGGAGCAGCAUCAGUGGACUGGGGCUGUCUAUAGUCCUACCGCUUCACUGCAGCAGCAUCAACAGCAGCAGCUGCAGCAGCAACAGCAGCAGCAGCAGCAGCAGCAGUGGCAUCGGGGGGGCUUGAAUGAUAUGCAGCAGCAGAGUUGGUGUGGGGGGCCCCCCGCUGUCUCCUGGGGGGCCCCUGGGUUGCAGUACCCUCUGCAGCAGCCGUAUCCUUAUUUGGGUUUGUUAGAAUCACCAGAGAGAGUAGAAGCAGCAGCAGCAGCAGCAGCAGCAGCAGCAGCAGCAGCAGCAGCAGCAAGCUUGCCAUCCGUUCGUCUCUCAACGAUACAGAGGUUUAUAAACCCGAUGCAUCGGCAGAUAGAAAGAGAGCAACAGCAAAACGAACAAAUUCAGCAGCAGCAGCAGCAGCAGCAGGCUGCUGAGCAGCAGCAGCAGCAGCAGCACAUGGAGCCGCAGCAGUGGACUGGGGCUGUCUAUAGUCCUACCGCUUCACUGCCGCAGCAGCAACAGCAGCAGCUGCAGCAGCAGCAGCAGCAGCAGCAGCAGCAGCAGUGGCAUCGGGGCGGCUUGAAUGAUAUGCAGCAGCAGAAUUGGUGUGGGGGGCCCCCCGCUGCCUCCUGGGGGCCCCCUGGGUUGCAGUACCCUCUGCAGCAGCCGUAUCCUUAUUUGGGUUUGUUAGAAUCACCAGAGAGAACAGCAGCAGCAGCAGCAGCAGCAGGAAGCUUGCCAUCCGUUCGUCUAUCAACGAUACAGAGGUUUAUAAACCCGCUGCAUCGGCAGAUAGAAAGAGAGCAGCAGCAAAACGAACAAAUUCAGCAGCAGCAGCAGCAGCAGCAGGCUGCUGAGCAGCAGCAGCAGCAGCAGCAGCAGCAGCAGAAGCAGAAGCAGCAGCAAAAGGGGAAAUCAAAUGCGGCUAAAACGAGCCAGCAGCAGCAGCAGCAGCAGCAGGAACAGAACAGUCAGGGGAAGGGAGAUCAACUGCAGCAGCAGAAACAACAACAGCAACAGCAGCAGCAGCAGCAGCAGCAGCAGCAGCAGCAGCAAGUGCAGCAGCAACUGCUGCCAGAGCUCCUUGGGUGCAGCCUGCGGCAAUCGAGGCCAGCGAGAGAAGCAGCAGCAGAAGCUCAGCUGCUGCUGCAGUGUGGUGGUGCUGCUGCAGCAAGUUGUUCUGCUGCUUCAACAGCAGCAGCAGAAGAAACAGCAGCAGCAGCAGCAGCAGCAGCAGCAACAGCAGCAGCAGCAGAUGCAGCAGCAAGGGGACAGAAGCUGCUUGCUGCUUUCCUUGAGCUCUCAGAUUGUGUUCUAGAGACAGUGGGGGCAGCUCAGCAGCAGCAGCAGCAGCAGCAGCAGCAGCAGCAGCAGCAGCAGCAGCGCAACAGACAGCAGCAAAUGCAACUGCUGCUGCUGAAGCAGCAGCAGCAGCAGCAGCAGCAGCAGCAGCAGAUAUGGAGUCUACCGAAGCAAUUGAAGACGAAGCAGCAGCAGACAGUGGGUACAAUUCUCCCCCAGCAGCAGCAGCAGCAGCAAGUGCAGCAGCAGCAGCAAGUGCAGCAGCAGAUACAGCAGCAGCAGCAGCAGCAGCAACAGCAGCAACAGCAGCAGCACGACUCGCUCUCUUCUGUCUCCUUGUUGCUGCUAGAAGGAGACUAG